GGCCGGGACGGGAGGCGGCCGGGCCAGGCCGGGCCGGGCCGGGGACGCAGCGGGCCGGGCAGGAUGUCGCGCCAGGCCGGCCGCAGCACCGAGAGCAAGAAAAUGUAUUGGUAUUUGCCAUUCAUUUCACCUUCUGCAUCUAUGCAUCUCAUGAACUCGGAGCUCUUCACACUGACGUAUGGUGCACUGGUCACCCAGCUGUGCAAGGACUAUGAGAAUGAUGAGGAUGUCAACAAGCAGCUUGACAAAAUGGGUUACAACAUAGGUGUUCGGCUAAUAGAGGACUUUCUGGCCCGGUCCAAUGUCGGAAGAUGCCAUGAUUUCCGUGAAACCGCGGAUGUUAUUGCAAAGAUAGCAUUUAAAAUGUACCUGGGCAUCACUCCAAGCAUCACCAACUGGAGUCCUGGAGGUGACGAGUUCUCCCUGAUCUUGGAAAAUAAUCCCUUGGUGGACUUUGUUGAGCUCCCCGACAACCACUCAUCUCUCAUCUAUUCCAACUUGUUGUGUGGAGUGCUGCGAGGAGCUCUGGAAAUGGUUCAGAUGGCCGUAGAUGUAAAAUUCGUCCAGGACACACUGAAGGGUGACAGCGUCACAGAAAUAAGAAUGAAGUUCAUCAGGCGGAUUGAAGACAAUCUUCCAGCUGGUGAAGAGUGAAUUGCAAAGCAGUCUCCCUUUGGGACUGGAGGGGACCAGCUGGUUUUGGCUAUUAGCUUUCGUCACAGAUCUGUAGGGAUAUAGCGCUUUCAUCACAGAUCUGUAGGGAUCUAGUGCCCCUGUACAUUCAGACAGACUCACUGACUGUUUAAGAUAUUAUUAUAUUCUUCUACUGCUACUUCAUCUUCUGUAGAAGACGAUUAUCUGGUUGCUGUUUAUUUCACAGGUUCAUUCUGAAGCUUUUUCAUAAGGUGACGUCUUUUUCGUAUUCCCCUGGGGACUCUUUCUAUGCUCAGUUUCUAAUUGUGACGUUUUGUUGUGUGAGAACUACUGCUCAAACCCUAGAAGAGCUCCAGUCUGUUCAAACCCGAAUCUAUGUUUUAUUACCAGAAUUGAAGACCAAGCUGUGAGAGUCCACUCAUUUACUGUUGAAUGCUGUCCUUAAAAAGAGGUGUUUAAAAUUCAGAGAUGAGCACAUAGUAUUUCUGUAGACCACACUGGCUUCCUGCGUUUGAUUCUGAAGUUACUAGUAAAAUGCAAGCUUGAUACAAGGAGGUGAUUUGGGAGAGCCAUGUGAGUGCUGGCACCAGGUUGGGGAGGCUCCUCUUGUCAGAGAGCGGUGGCGUCACCCAGCACUGGCAGAUUCACGAGGUCCUUGUGGCCUGGGCUCUUCUGUAGUUUCUCUUCCCCCGCAGCAGCUUCAUGACUCCCCUCUUGGGAGGGCCAUUAAAUUGCCAUGGAGCAGCAGUAGACAUGGUAAAUGGAGAAAAGGAAGGAGUGCCUGAAGUACCAUUGAUGUUUGACAGUGUGUACAGUGCAGGGGCCGCGUGGCAGGUCCACAGAACAAAAACUAAAACUCAGACUGAUGACUGGGAGGGAUUAAACGCACUUCAGCAAGUCGAGUCUGUUCUCCUGUUACGGCGUAUAAACACUGCACAGCGUGGAGGUGGUGCUGGGGUAUAUUCUCACAGAUGUUUAGGCUACAACAGAAUUUCCCCUGUUCCUUGAAUUGGCAGGCUCUGUAAAAUAAAUACACAAAGUAGCAUUAUAUCUCAAAAAGCCAGAUAAUUGGAAAAUCAACUUCCUCUGCCAUCCCAUUCAGCCAGAAAAGGCAGGCAGACAUGCGGUUCUCAAACCACUUUACAUAGCAUGAAGGCACAGAUCCACAGAGGUAAUUAGGAGCUUAAAGUCGGUAGCCCUUACUCACUUCCACAGGAGCUGGUGGCUCAAAUACCUUUGCAGGUUUAUGCCUGAGUGUAAGGUGAGGAAGAGAACACUGCUGCUUGUGCUGCCGGCCGUUCAGGUUCUCCAGAUGAAUGUUGGGUCGUCUGGAUGCUGGGUGAGUCACGCCAUCCCUUCUUUUGCCCAAAUGAGCCACUUUAGUGGGAGGCACUGGAUGCCCCGUGUGACGUGUGUCCUGUGAAGUGGCAGUGAGUCGCUGUCAAAGCAGUUGGAGAAUGACAUCACGGAACAGCAGUGGCCAGUGGGUUUUGGAGGCAGAGGUGCCGCACGGUCACAUGGCAGAGAUCAGAAAGAUCGUUGUUUCUCAUUGUCAACCAUUUGAAGUCAUUUUCAGGCUGCAUUUUAAAAGCAAUUGCAUUAAAAGAAUCCCAGUGUC